AUGGAUAUCUUUCCAAGACCUAGUGGAGAAAUUCAAAGAAAAAACCCACAGCAGGAUUUCGAGCUUAUUCAACGAGUUGGGAGCGGCACAUAUGGAGACGUAUACAAGGUAUUUUUUUAAGCUACCAUCAAACUGAAUAAACAGUCUGAAUCAGAUUUGGGUGUUCUGAAUUUAGAUCUUUAUCUAACCAAAACAAGCACACACACCUGUUGGGAGGCACUAGAUCCUUGUGCUUGAGUGAUUCUAUCCCCUAGCUAAUUCCUAUUGAAAUCUGGCCAGAGUUACUGACGUGAAAGUUGUCAAGGUUGGAUUUCACUCCCCUAGGCCCGUAGUUCAAUUCUCUCUCAAUGUGUUUCGCUUUUAUAUCCAAGAUUGUUAGUGAAGUUCUGCGAUGGUGUAUGUUGUAUAGCCUACUGAGCACCUUGAUGCAAAGCACAGAACCUUUGCUGUUGUCGGUGUGCCAGCGGUGUUACAGGGGCAUUUUGAGUUUUUGAAUGGAAACUGAAGUGAAUGCUCAUCUACAUGGCAUGUUAAUGCAGCCUGAAGUCAAUAGGAAACGUAUACCUAUAUACGUUAUCAAGCUCUUAGUUAUCCAUUUUCGUAAAUUCACUUUUGCCUGUUUUGAAGGGAGCUGUCUUGUGAAGUUUUGUUGAGGCUUUAUUUAGAGUGGUGAGUCACCUACCACAAAGGAUUUCAUUUACUCGUGCUGAGUCUAGCAUCUGCCCACCAUAUCACUCCACUGCCUUGGGUUCCACAUACAGUAGUAUGCAGUAGGUUACCACAGGGAUCAUCAACUAGUUUCAGCCACGGGCCAAUUUUUUUCUUGAGCGAAUAGUCGAGGUGCCGGAACAUAAUUAUAAUAAAUAAUUUGUAUACUGCAAAUUGACCGCAAGAAGCCCAAACAGAAAUAAUGUUUGAUUAAAACAUAGUAAUUUCAAACCUUGCUUACAUUUGUAUAUGAUCACGUGUCUCUCUAUUAUGCGUGGGAAUACUUGGGAACAGAUUUCUUAAAUUAAAAUCACUUGGAGCUGAUUUCCUUUUUUUUUUUUUUUUUUUUUUAAGUCUUUUAUGUCCAACAAUGAAAAUUCCACACAAAAAUUGUCUCCAACUUUUUUAUUUAGAAUACUUGGGGGGCCAAAUAAAACCAGUUGAGGAACCCUGGUCGGCUUCAGAUUCAGUCAUAAUGAUGUAGCGACGACAUUGUGGAUAAAAAUUCUAGGUCUACACCUGUUUUUAUAUCAUCAAGUAGCUACACAGAUGGAUUGAGCCAAUAUCCUUUCAUAUGUUUUGAAUAAUAAUAAUAAUAAUAAUAUGCCAUUUAGCAGACGCUUUUAUCCAAAGCGACUGACAGUCAUGCGUGCAUACAUUUUUGUGUAUGGGUGGUCCCGGGGAUCGAACCCACUACCCUGGCGUUACAAGCGCCGUGCUCUACCAGCUGAGCUACAGAGGUUGUCAGAACAUUGCCAAGCAGUUCCACGUACUUCAUGUACAGUCAGAACCAGAAUCCUUCUACGAUAGCGAUGAUACACAGUACCCUGCUUAUAACUGGGAAGGAGGAAUGAAAUGGCUUUCUGAUGUUAUUCGCUGCCAAAAAAACAGAUCUUUGUCAGGUCAUUUUUCAUAGUAACCCUGUGUUGUAUUUAGUUCCCCAGUAUGGACCACCAGACUAUUUAUUAUAGGAUGCAUCUGUAACCCUGUAGUAACCCAUGGUUAUCUCCCAAAUGGCACCAUAUUCCCUAUAUAGUGCACUAUUUUUGACCAGAGCCCUAUGUGCCCUGGUCUAAAGUAGUGCACUAUAUAGGGAAUAGGGUGCCAUUUGGGAAAUACCCCAUGUAAUAAAGCAUUGUACUGCAACCCCCCCCCCACCUCUGUUAUUCUUUGAUGGAACAUGUGGUUAAAGUAGAAGUUAGAUGGAUUGGUAGGGAAAGCUAGGAACGAUCCAACUCCAGUUUCCCAUUUUCCUGGCAGAGUUAUGAGGAGAGAGAGAGAGAGAGAGAGAGGAGUGUGUAUUUACUCAACAAAGGGACAAUUUGUUUGAAUUCAUUUGGAUUUGAGCCUAACAAACUAGACAUUUCCCUGUCUGUUCCCAUGUUGAAAAUCAGGAUUGUGCAGACAGUUGCAUACGUUUUUGUUUACCUAUUUGUAAUGGAUGACUAGGCUACCAAUUAGCUCCAGUGUGAGAUAGUUGAAGCAGCCAGUCUGUCAAGCCUUCGCCUCACAAAGCAAUCCGUGGCAGGCCAGUCCCAGCCCAGACACAGGGACAGCCGAGGCAGGCCAGUCCCAGCCCAGACACAGGGACAGCCGAGGCAGGCCAGUCCCAGCCCAGACACAGGGCCACCCCAGCCGGACAGCCGAGGCAGGCCACUGGUGGAAUGCAGUGCCUGGUAUUUUCCCCGGGAGAGAGCCAUGAACAUGCAAUGCCCAGGGUUGAGCCCCGACUGGCACACUAUUCCCUAUUUAGUGCUGUGCCCUGGUCUAAAGUAGUGCCCUAAAUAGGGAAUAGUGUGCUAUUUUUUGAUAUGCAGCCCAGGACUACGGCAGGCAGAGUGAAAUACGAUCAGGUCCUUGUCUAAACGUGCCAAGAAUGGGAGUGUUCUUUGCCUCACUGACAGCGGAAAUACAUCAGAUUUUAAAAGUCCUCCACUAAACAAUGACUUUGGUCUGCUGUAGUGCACAGAUGGGUUGGAGAUAUUUGUGCAACUGAGAGGACCAGGAAGUAAACCCAUAGGGGUUGAGUUUGAUUGGUUGUUUUGUUACUCGGCUCGUCUGUCUCUUUUGAUGAACAGUUUUGACGUGUUUCAUCCAGGGAUGGAAAUUAAGCUAGCCCAUAUCAGACCAGGUUUGUAGAAAAUGUACCCAACUAGCCCGCCAGAUUAGUUAGAGGUAGUUUCGCGAGCCAAUGCUAACUAGCAUUAGCGCAAUGACUGGAAGUCUAUGGGUAUCUGCUAGCAUGAACCCCUUGAAACAGUUCACAUGUAUUAAUGCCGAAAUCUAGUGACGUUAUAGUUCGUUUUGGUGUUCGGCAAGUUUUUUUUUUUUUCCCGGCCGUUCGUGCGCACAUUCUUUUUCUUGAAUCAAGUCGAAAUUCGGUAGCUGACGUCUACGCCCCUUCGUCGGUGAUUGGUCAACUGUAGGGGUGGGAACUAUGGACGGGAUUCUUCAACGAAGUGUUCUCUGCCAUCCACGAGGGAGAGUGUAGCAGCAGCUAGGCCCUUCUGAAUGCAGUGCACUACUAGUUUUCAUGCACAUUCUUUCACUUUAAGUUUCUACACCAAACAACUUAGCUAGAUUGCGCAACUAAGACCUAUUCUGCAUAAAACGUCAAUAUUUUUUAUUUAUCUUCAAUUCAUUAUCAAUAUUUUGAGGAAGUGUUACUGGCUAAUAGUGGCUAUGAAGUUGCUACGGUGUCUCGAGGGACAAACGACAAUAAAAUUGCUUCUUUUACUUCAAGUUUUUCAAGCGAAGGUCUUUUAGGGAGUGUACGAGCCCAGAUGUUCGCUUCGCCUAGCCGAGUUCUUCUAGGAGCAAACCGAACCUAUGUACGCGGACGCCAUUAGGAGACAUACCCUAGCCUAGCGUCUUAGGAGACAGACCCUAGCCUAGCGUCUUAGGAGACAGAUCCUAGCCUAGCGUCUUAGGAGACAGACCCUAGCCUAGCGUCUUAGGAGACAGACCCUAGCCUAGCGUCUUAGGAGACAGACCCAAGCCUAGCGUCUUAGGAGACAGACCCAAGCCUAGCGUCUUAGGAGACAGACCCUAGCCUAGCGUCUUAGGAGACAGACCCAGGCCUAGCGUCUUAGGAGACAGACCCAGGCCUAGCGUCUUAGGAGACUGACCCAGGCCUAGCGUCUUAGGAGACAGACCCAGGCCUAGCGUCUUAGGAGACAGACCCAGGCCUAGCGUCUUAGGAGACAGACCCAGGCCUAGCGUCUUAGGAGACUGACCCAGGCCUAGCGUCUUAGGAGACUGACCCAGGCCUAGCGUCUUAGGAGACUGACCCUAGCCUAGCGUCUUAGGAGACAGACCCUAGCCUAGCGUCUUAGGAGACAGACCCUAGCCUAGCGUCUUAGGAGACAGACCCUAGCCUAGCGUCUUAGGAGACAGACCCUAGCCUAGCGUCUUGAGAUGGAUUUGAGGCUGGUGGCAAUCUACUUCCUCCGGCCCAGAUGGAAACACUGAAUCGUGACCUAAUGCUGGACUGUCUGGUGGUGUCUCUCUCUGGUUUGGCCAGUAUGAAGAACCUCAGCCCCAAUGAACUGAACUAACUAGUGACUAAUGGAUAGGGAUAAACAGUAACACCAUUUUAUCAGUUUGAAUUCUGCCCCCCCAAUAUAGGCCUAUCUGAUAACAGGGGUUUCAUGAUAUUAUGCAAUUAUUUUACACUCCCCAACAAUGACUGGCUCCCCGGUCCCCACUCUUUUAUUCUCUUUCAGGCUCGAAACAUCCAAACGGGAGAGCUUGCCGCUGUCAAGAUUAUUAAACUGGAACCAGGUGAGUUAGAUCUAACUAUACAAUACCUCUCUACUUACUGUGUGCAUGAAAAUGACUCAAUUUGAGUGGUAAUUAACUAUAAAGGAUUAAAAGAUACUCAAAUAUAAAAAUUAUUUAAGAACAUUUAUUUGUGGUUUACAGGAUAUCCACCAAAAAACUACAGUGCAUUCGGAAAGAAUUCAGACCCCUUGACUUUUUCCACAUUUGUUACGUUACAGCCUUAUUCUAAAAUUUAUUAAAUUGUUUCCCCCCCCCCCCCUCAUCAAUCUACACACAAUACCCCAUAAUGACAAAGCAAAAACAUCUUUCCCUCGAUCCUGACAAGUUUCCCAGUCCCUGCCGCUGAAAAACAUCCCCACAGCAUGAUGCUGCCACCACCAUCCUUCACCGAAGGGAUGGUGCCAGGCUUCCUCCAGACGUGACGCUUGGCAUUCAGGCCAAAGAGUUCAAUCUUGGUUUCAUCAGACCAGAGAAUCUUGUUUCUCAUGGUCCGAGAGUCCUUUAGGUGCCUUUUGGAAAACUCCAAGCGAGCUGUCAUGUGCCUUUUACUGAGGAGUGGCUUCCGUCUGGCCACUCUACCAUAAAGGCCUGAUUGGUGGAGUGCUGCAGAGAUGGUUGUCCUUCUGGAAGGUUCUCCCAUCUCCACAGAGGAACUUUGGAGCUCUGUCAGAGGGACCAUUAGGUUCUUGGUCACCUCCAAGGCCCUUCUCCCCCGAUUGCUCAGUUUGGCCGGGCGGCCAGCUCUAGGAAGAGUCUUGGUGGUUCCAAACUUCUUCCAUUUAAGAAUGAUGGAGGCCACUGUGUUCUUGGGGACCUUCAAUGCUGAAUACAUUUGUUUGGUACCCUUCCCCAGAUCUGUGCCUCGACACAAUCCUGAAUCGGAGCUCUACGGACAAUUCCUUCGACCUCAUGGCUUGGUUUUUGCUCUGACAUGCACUGUCAACUGAGGGACCUUUAUAUAGACAGGUGUGUGUCUUUCCAAAUCAUGUCCAAUCAAUUGAACUUACCACAGGUGGAAUCCUAUCAAGUUGUAGAAACAUCUAAAGGAUGAUCAGUGGAAACAGGAUGCACCUGAGCUCAAUUUGGAGUCUCAUAGCAAAGUGUCUGAAUACUUAUGUAAAUAAGGUAUUUCUGGUUUUUAUUUGCAAAAAAUUUCUAAAAACAAUUUUUCGCUUUGUCAUUAUGGGGUAUUGUGUGUAGAUUGCUGAGGAAAUGUUUUAUUUAAUCCAUUUUAGAAUAAGGCUGUAACGUAACAAAAUGUGGAAAAAGUCAAGGAAACUGGGUAUCCUGCACCAUUCCCAGAACCUUGUGGGAAGGUUGUAUGCAAAAUAUCCAUAGGACAACCAGGCUCUCACCAAACUCAUAGAAAGAUAUGGUUCUCAGAACGUUAUGUGCUAGCUGGGUUUUGCCACUUGCCAAAUAUGUAUUUAUCGUGCGGGUUCAGGGCACAGAUUAACAUCUCAAGGAUGAUCAAUAGAAACAGGAUGCACCUGAGCUCAAUUUCGAGUUUCAUUGCAACAGGUUUGAAUGCUAAUGUAAAUAAGCUAUUUCAGUUUGUUUUAUGUAUUUUUUUAUUUAUUUAGAAACAUUUGUAAAACCUGUUUUCACUUUGUCAUUAUGGGAUAUUCUGUAGAUUGAGGAAGAUUUUUAUUUAUUUAAUCCAUUUUAGAUUAAGGCUGUAACAUAACAAAAUGUGGACAUUUCCGAAUGCACUGAAUGUGACCCAAAUGGCACCCUUUCCCCUUCUAUAGUCCACUACUUUUGACCAGGCCACAUGGGGCUCUAGUCAAAGGUAGGGAAUAGGGUGCCAUUUGGGACUCAGUGAUGCUUAUGUGAUCCAGAUUAGGAGGAUUACCACCAGAGGGGCUUUGUGCCUCCAGCCUGCCACCCAGACAAACACCAGCUGAUUAACUAACCUACUGUCAUUGAAGACAAGCAGGUUCAUACUGGGUGGUUCCCCCGAGCCUGGUCCCACAUCUGUUUGUGCCGUCUUGGUGUGCCUUGGUGUGACAUUGACCAUAGGAGUUGGCAAGACAGCACAAACUGAUCUGGGACCAGGCUAAGUGUUUUUUCCCCCAUCAUCAUACAACUGUUGAUGACGGGUCUCUCUUGAAGAAGAGUCUUUCCUUAGACCAACCUAUAUAGAUAAAGGUUGCAUUUUAAAUGAGGCACUUGUGUUGUGGGGAUGGCUUCUCUGCAUCUUGUGAGAUGUUAAAUACAUGUUAACUCAGGCUUAGUGGUUGAACACAUAGUAAAAAAUCCCUGUUGCUCAAAACCAUAGAGUUGAUCUGUCUUUUAAUAACUGAAACAUAAAUCCUUUACUCUUACAUUUUACAUUUUAGUCAUUUAGCUCUUAUCCAGAGCGACUUACAGUUAAGUGAGUGCAUACAUUUUUCAUACUGGCUCCCCCGUGGGAAUCGAACCCACAACCCUGGCGUUGAAAGCGCCAUGCUCUACCAACUGAGCUACACGGGGGGGCCUCUUCUGUUCCCUUCCGUGACUAAAUGUCACAGAGAUCCUUAGAGAGGAUGCAUCCCAAAUGGCUGCCUAUUCCUUAAAUAGUAUACUACUUUUGACCAGGGCCCUGGCCAUAGGAUAUAGUGUAGUACAACGAGGCCAUUCCAGUGUGUUGUCUUGUGGUGUGGAAACAUCAGGUUUACUAGAAGUCACGUGAAGAAGCAGCUGCACAGUAGCGGAAGCUUUUACGUGGUGCCUCGUUCAAAGUAGAAGAAGCACUCGCAUAUCUGAGUCGGUUUGUUGCGGGUGGGUAUAAUUUGCUAUCUUUAAAAAAAAAAAAAAAAAAAAACCUUGCACAGUGCUCUUGCUAGUAUCACUUCAGUUUACUGUAUCUCAUGUGAUGCCUUGGAAGACUCAUAAGAACAUAGACCUAAAAGUGGAAGCUUUUACGUGGUCCAUUAGGAGACCAAGAGAGGUUCUCAACCUAGGGUACUAGUAACACCCCCACCACAUUGCCUAUAUUCCCAGGGGAUACUUUGGAACACUCAUCAGAACAUGAACCUAAUGUCUAAUCAGUUGCACUUUGGGGCAUGGGGUUAUGGUAAAGGCUAAGAAACGUGUCAACACAGGCCAAGACAUCUUGUUUUAACAUGAUUCAGUUGUCUUAUUCCUGUCCUCCAUCUUGUCAGUCAGAGCGUCAGUCAGUCAGUCAGUCGGGUAAACACCUGUACACCUGUGACCAGGUGCGAUGGAACAGGUUUGUCCAGGUGGAGUGACGGUGCUGGUAAGACAGGCCAGGCAGGGACAGGGAAAGAGAGGGAAGGAGAAACCGGGAGGGAGGGAGGCAGGCAUUGAGGGAGGGAGUGGGAGCUGCUUGGGAGUGGACUGGUUCUCAGGCAGGCACACACACACACACACACACACACACACACACACACACACACACAGGCCCUUCUCAAAGGCUUUGCGAACAGUCACCUUGUACUGUAGAUGUGGCAUGUAGUGUGUACCAGGACCAAAGAAAUCUCUACCUUGUGGUCCCUUUUGUAAUGACUCAGUAUUACCAGAAUGAUAUUCAAUGUCUCAAUGCCCAUUUACUUUAAUACCACCGUGGGCAUUGGAAUGUUUGUAGAGAGUGAGUUGACUAGAGCCCAACCAAUAUGUUUUUUUUUUUUGGGGGUCCUAUUCAGAUUUUUGGGAGGGACAAAACUUACCGAUUUAUACUGUUUCACAGUGGGGAAAUUAAAAAGUGUAAUUUCUCAUAGAAUUGCCAUCCAAAAGCGCAAUUGUCCAAGAAAUAUGCUUAGAAUGUUUUCUUACAUUGUGACCAUAAUGACAUAUCACGAGAAUGUCAGUAACUGAGGGGAUCUUAUGUUCAGAUCAGAAUGAGAUUCCCUUUCUUCAUCCUUUUUAUCGGUGGAAUGGCCGACGAUAACGGUGAACAGAUAAAUCAGUUGGGCUCUAGAGUUGACUGGUGACCUUUUUAUUGUGAUAACAUCUUGGAAUUACGACCAUGUUUGAUAUCACUGUCUGAUGUCAGUCAACCUAUACUGCCUUUCCAGACCAAACUGCUUCAACUUCAUCUGAAGCCGACUAGAGACUUUCAAUCUCCCAUCAUUUCAAUGGUUUGUUUUACUUUUUAAUGUGCUUGGAGAUUCUUUGAAAAGUGCUAUAAAAGUUAAAUGAGUUAUUAUUAUUAGUGUUCCUCAAUUUCACGUCUUUUGCUACGCUGACUAGAAGUGUGAACAACAUGUCUCAUACUCUUAAAACGCCCUGUGGUUGGUGUGGAGGCGGAGCUGGUGUCUGCGUCCCUAAACGCCCUGUGGUUGGUGCGGAGGUGGAGCUGGUGUCUGUGUCCCUAUAAGCCUGUGUUGUGUGAGGUGGAACGGGUCCUGUCCACUAUAAGCCCUGGUAGUCUGUAGCCUUAUAAUCCCUGUGGUUGCAGUGGGAGGUUGAAUGCUGGUGUUGUGUCAUAAGCCCUGUGGGUUGGCGAGGUGGAGCUGGUGUACUGUGUCUAUAACCUGUGGUUGGUGUGGAGUGGAAUGUGUCUGUGUACCACAUAGCCCGUUCUUUAACGCCUGUGGUUGGUGUGGAGGGGUGGAAUGGUCCUGUGUCCCUAUGCUGUGGUUGGUGCGGAGGUGGAACUGGUUCCGUCCCUAUAGCCUGGUGGUUGGUGCGGAGGUGGACCCUGGUGUCUGUGGUCUGUAAGCCGUGGUGGGACUGGCUUGCUGUGGUGGCCUUGAAGCCUUGUUGGUUGAAGCUGUGGUUGCGUCCUAUAGUCCGUGUUAGUGCGGGGUGGUGUGUCUGCGUCCCUAUAAGCCCUGUGUCUGUGUCCCUAUGCCCUGGUGGUUGUGUGAGGCUAGUGCCUGGGGUCCUAUAAGCCUGGUGUCUGUGUCCCUAUAAGCCUUGGUUGGUGCGGAGGUGGAACUGGUGUCUGCGUCCCUAAGCCCUGUGGUUGGCGGAGGUGGACUGGUGUCUGCUGUCCCUAAAGCCCUGUGGUUGGUCCCUAUAGCCUGUGGUUGUGCGGAUGCGGUGGUGUGCUGCGUCCAUAAGCUGGGUUGGUGCGGGUGUGAACUGGUGUGGGCUGCGUCUAGUCUGGUCUGGUGCGAGGUGGAACUGGUGUCUGUGUCCCUAUAAGCCCUGGUGUCUGUCUAUAGCUGUGGUUGGUGGAGUGGCAGAGGUGGGUCCCAUAGCCUGUGUGGUGCGUCAGGUUGACGGUGGGUCUGGUCCUAGUCCUAGUGCUUGUGCGGUGGUGGAUUGGUGUCUGGGGUCCCUAUAGCCUGGUGUCUGCGUCCCUAUAGUCCUGUGGUUGGUGUGGAGGUGGGAGCUAGUGGUUGUCGGUGUCAGAGCCUGUGUUGGUUAGCUGGAGGUGGAACGGGGUGUGUCUGCGUCCCUAUAAGCCUUGGGUUGGUGGUGGAACUGGUGUCUGUGUCCCUAUAAGCCCUGGGUUGUUGCGUCCCUAUAAGCCCUGUGGGUGGGGGUGGAGGUGGUGUCUGCGUCCCUAUAAGCCCUGUGGUUGGUGCGGUGGUGGAACUGGUGUUCGGUCCCUUAAUCCUGUGGUUGGUGCGAGGUGGAACUGGUGUCUGGUCCCUAUAAGCCCUGGGGUUGGUCCCGAUACGGUCCUGCUGCUUGGUUGGUGUGGAGCUGGUGUCUGUGUCCCUAUAAGCCCUGUGGUUGGUGCGGAGGUGGAGCUGGUGUCUGCGUCCCUAUAAGCCUGUGGUUGGUGGGGUGGUGGUAACUGUGUCUGUGUCGUUAGCCUGGUGUCUGGUCCCUAUAAGCCCUGUGGUUGGUGGGGUGUGGUAUAGCCUGUUGGCUGUGCACUAAGCCUGGUUGGUUAGGCGGUGGUGUGGGUGGUGUGUCCCUAUAAGCCCGUGUUGGUGGGAGGUGGAACUGGUGUCGUGUCCCUUAAGUCCCGUGGUGUGCGUGCUAAAGCUUGUUGGUGCGUAGUGUGGAUUGGUGUGCUGUGGCCGUAUAUAGCCCUGUGUCUGGGUGGGGUGGAACUGGUGUCUGCGUCCCUAUAAGCCCUGUGGUUGGUGCGGAGGUGGAGCUGGUGUCUGUGUCCCUAUAAGCCCUGUGGUUGGUGGUGGAGCUGGUGUCUGCGUCCCUAUAAGCCCUGUGGUUGGUGGGAGGUGGAGCUGGUGUCUGUGUCCCUAUAAGCCCUGUGGUUGGUAUGGAGGUGGUGUGGGUCCUAUAGCCCUGUGUGUGGUUGGGUGGAACUGGUGCUGCCCUAUAAGCCUGUGGUUGGUGGGAGGUGGAGCUGGUGUCUGCACCCUAUAAGCCCUGUGGUUGGUGGAGGUGGAGCUGGUUCUGCGUCCCUAUAAGCCCUGGUGGUUGGUGCCAAGGUGGAACUUGGUGUCUGGUGUCCAAAGGCCCUGGUGUCUGUGUCCCUAUAGUGUGGUUGGUGGUGGAGGUGGGCUUGUCCUGUGGUCCUAUAGCCUGGUGUCGUCCCUAUAAGCCCUGUGGUUGGUGGGGUGGAGUGGUGACUGGUGUCUGCGUGUCUUGUGUGGUUGGUGGUGGAGCUGGUGUCUGCGUCCCUAUAAGCCCUGUGGUUGGUGCGGAGGGGAAUGGGUGUCUUGUGUCCUUAGCCCUGGUGGUCUGUGUCCAUAGCCCUGUAUUAGGCGGGUGGUACGAGGUCUGCAUCCUUAGCCUGUGGUUUAGCGUGGUGGAGCGGUGUCUGUGUCCUAUAAGCCCUGGUGUCUGUGUCCCUAUAAGCCUGUGGUUGGUUCGGGAGUGGUGAUGGUUGUACCGUCCCUAUAGCCUGGUGGUGGGGGAGGUGUCUGGUCUACCUGUGUCCCUAUAGCCGGGUUGGUGGGCUGACUUACUGCGUUCUGAAGCCUGUGGUGGGUCGGGUUGGAACUGUUCUGUGUCCGUAUAGAGCCUGGUGUCUGUGUCCCUAUAAGCCCUGUAGUUGGUGUGGAGGUGGAACUGGUGUCUGCAUCCCUAUAAGCCCUGUGGGUGGUGGAGGUGGAGCUGGUUCUGGUCCCUAUAAGCCCUGGUGUCUGGGUGGUCCCUUAAGCCCUGUGGUUGGUUCGAGGUGGACGGAGCUGGUGUCUGCUCCCUAUAAGCCCUGUGGUUGGUGGAGUGGUGUCUGCUGUCCCUAUAAGCCCUGUGGUUGGUGUGGAGGUGGAUGGUGUCGUCCCUAUAAGUCCUGUGGUUGGUGGUGGAGGUGGUGUCUGUCCCUAUAAGCCCUGUGGGUGGUGGGGGUGAGCUGGUGUCUGAUGUCCCUAUAAGGGCUGGGUGGGUGGAGUUGGUCGUCUGCCCUUGGUGGUGUGUGGAGUGGUCUGCGUCCCUAUAAGCCCUGUUGGUGGUGCGGAAUGGUGUGUGUCCCUAUAAGCCCUGUGGUUGGUGUGGAGGUGGAACUGGUGUCUGCGUCCCUAUAGCCCUGUGGUUGGUGUGGAGGUGGUGUCUGCGUCCCUAUAAGCCCUGUGGUUGGUGCGGAGGUGGAACUGGUGUCUGCGUCCCUAUAAGCCCUGUGGUUGGUGCGGAGGUGGAACUGGUGUCUGCGUCCCUAUAAGCCCUGUGGUUGGUAUGGAGGGUUGACGGUCGUCUGCGCCUAUAAGCCCUGUGGUUGGGGGAGUGGUGUCUGUGUCCCUAUAAGCCCUGUGGUGGUGGGAGGUGGCUGGUGUCUGCGUCCCUAUAGAGCCUGUGGUUGGUCUAUAGGUGUAGCUGGUGUUGGUCAGUGAAGCCUGUGGUUGGUGCCGGAGGUAGGUCUGUGGUCUAAGCCCUGGAUGGUGGUGCGGGGUGGUAACUGGUGUGCGUCUAUGACUGUGGUCGUGCGGUGGUGCCUGGUCCUAUAAGGCCUGGUGGUUGGUCUAGGUGGUGUUGGUCUUAAGCCUGUGGUUGCGUUAAGCGUGGAUUGUGUGGUGACUGGUGUCCCUAUAAGCCCUGUGGUUGGUGCGGAGCUGGUGUCUGAGUCCUACCCUAAUAUAGCACACUACUUUUGACCAGAGCGCCCAUGGGGAAUAAAGUGCAGUUUGAGACGCACCACUGGUUUCUCAAUCUCCGAGGGAAGCGCUCAUUCUGACAGGAAGUGGCCUAGCUUUGAGGCUUCCAGCAACAUGAGAACAUUGUGGGUCGCUCUCUGUGUGGAUCGCUCUUUGUGUCUGCGUCUCACUGCCCCCCUAUUCUCUAUAGUGCACUACUUUUGACCAGUGCCUUAUGGGUAAUAGUUGCUAUAUUAGGGAGUAGGGUGCCAUAUGGAAUGCUGACCUUGGUGGACUCUUCGGCGCCUCAAUAACUCGCUGAAAUGGUCCUCUUGCUGAAAUGUUUGUGGUUCCCUGGCCUGUUGUUUGCUGCAUAUCUGAAAUGGCAGCGUCAACAGGUCGUCUCUGCACUGUUAAAACAAGACAUUUUACAGUUGGGCUAACCAUGUCAGCUUGACCCCUUCUCUUCUGGGCAAUAAGAAAGGCUCUUGUAUUGACAUAAGGCUCUCACAUCUCUGUAGGCCCAUGGACUCACCUCUACAAAUUAAGCAUUCUCAGAAGUGCUUUAUAUGAAUGGCACUAUUACAGGAUCCUAUUUCUAGCAGUUAUGUAUGAGGUUACUGGUUUCUUUAGAAUUCCUCAGUUACUGCCAGUAAAAACACUGAACUGUGAAGCCCCUCUUGUCUUGAGGAUGGAGCAGUGUAGUACAGAUCUGUCUGUCUGUCUGUCUGUCUGUCUGUCUGUCUGUUUGUCUAGUAGUAGAGACAAGUAGGAAGAGAUUGGUCUGUCUGUCUAGUGUCAGUGGAGACGUGAAGUACAGUACCGCUAAGAGGAUUUAA